AUGACUAGUAUUAAGGCUGAGGGGGUUAUUACAAGAAUAAUCAAACAGAUAGUUCAGCAGUGUGCUGUGAGAGGACAUGAAGUCUCGGAAACGCUAGUGGCUUUUAUAGUCAAAGCAGUUGUUCUUGAUCCGGAUUCUGGAUUUUUACCCGAUAAGGCAUUGGACAAUGAAGACAUUAAAAAAUUAAUCGAAUUAUGUGUCGGCAGACUUACUGACCAGGAGUGUUUAUCUGUUGACACUAUAAAAAUGCAGGUCUUCUUUGAAAUGAAUCAUCUUCAAAAAGGUGAAUUUUUAAAUGAACAUCAUCGUGUGCUGGAAAAGCGUUUGGAGCCUGUGUUACGCGAUGUCAUUGACAGUAAAGCUAAAAUGAGAGAAGAAUUAGAGGCAGCUUAUCGCAGUAUUAUAUCGGCGUUGUUAUUGCAGUCGGGUCUUGGAUCUCCAACAAAUAUGGAAGUUGUGAGAGAAACAACGGCUGCACUACAAAGUGUAUUUCCACAAACGGAUAUCGCAAACUUUUUAUCUGCUAAUCCUGGUCAAAAAAGGAAACGGUUGAAUGAAUUGACAGGUUUGGUCACUGGUAUUCGCUUGUAUAACAAAGACUGUAACAAAGGAGGAGCUGGUAUUGAUGACCUUCCCCACUUACUGAGCGAAGGCUUACCUAUGACUCUGAAGACAGUUCGUGAAGAAAUUAAGAAGGCUAACGAACUUGCUGCCAUCUACACAAGUCUUUUCUUGAAACUGUCGGCUGUAGACCCAACUUCUGGUGUUUUAAGUUCAGCUAAUAUUGCUGCUGAGGCUGCCAAAGAGAUUGAUAUCACACCCAAUCAAUUACGCGCUGCUGUUAUUAACGCCAGACAAUAUGGGAAAUUUUUAAGGAUAAUUGAAAAAGAAUUGAAUAACAUGCUCAAAGGCUUAGAGAAAAUGAUUGACAGUUUUAAAGGAUGCAUGAAAAGACUACAUACACUAAUCAGUGAUCGUCCAGCUGUGCCAAGUAGCGAAGUUUAUCCGGGCUUUUUACAACUUGCUAACUGCUGGACUUCUUUUCAAGAUGAAAUGGUUUUCUUGUCAGUAUUGACUAGUACUUUAAGCACUUUACAAACAUACUUUGUUGGACGUCGGUUGAAAUGGACAAGAGAAAAAUUGUGUAAUCUUAUCUCCGAUUCUGAAAUCACCUUUGAUGAAAACCGUAAACAACAUGAACCGCUAAGCGAGGAGUGUCGAGGUGGUUAUCCAUGUGUUUUCCCUCACUCCUCCAAAGAAGAUAGCAACUUUGCCAUUGAAUGUGAAGGAUUCUGUAUUUGGUCAUUGGUUCGUUACCAAGGGUUACUUGUGCCAGCCGACUUCAAGAUGGGGGUUAUAUUAUUGCCUUCAAAUAAUAAAAUGUAUGCAUUCAGUUCACCGGAAGCUGCAAGAGACUUUGUAAUGGCGACAGACAACUUCAUAAAAGCAAUACCAGAAGUCGUGCGACGUCUACCUGAACUGAUACCAAUUUUAAAGUUGAAUUAUGUUUUUUCCAAGGGAAUUUCAUACACGGAUGGUCGACUGCCAGAAAGUCCAAUCGCUAAAGUCGAUUCAGGUAUGCAGACAGUGCUACAUCCUAUAGAAUCUUAUAUUGACACCAAUUAUCAGUGGAAUGAGUGGGAAUUGAGAAAAAAUGCUUUGAAAUUAACAAAUUUGCGUAAAAAAGCUACUACAUCUGUACAGACACUAUUGAGCAACUGGAGAAGAGAUAAUGCAACUCAAGUUUACCUGUUAAAGAACACUGGCACAGCGACCAAGGAAGACGGUUAUACACAGGUGCCAAAACCAAGUAUAUUUAUUCAUGGAUUACGUGGUUGCGGUGGUAUUGAUAAAGCACCGAAUGCAGUUGAUGCGAUUAACAACCAAGUGAACUGGACAACACUACAACGUGAAACAACUGCAACAGUAGUAGACUUAACCAUACCAGUGGAACAACAGUUACUAGGGAGUUUACAUAAAGGAACAAUCACAUGGGAUUUAUAA